AAAGCCUAGCCAUACUAAACAAGUGAACUGCUCUGUUCUGAACAUAAGACAAUUUAUGUGUGGCUUUUGCCUGUUUCAUUCAGUUCUGAAGAAUUUGAUUCAAGGAAUCUGAAUUCACCACAGUUCAAAGGAAGGAAGAAUCCCAAGCACGCUCAUCGGUCUGCUUUGGUGGUGCUUGACAACAGUGCAGAAAAAAAUGGCUGCUAACAAGACAAAAAACCAGAGCUCUCUGGCCCUCCACAAAGUAAUCAUGGUUGGCAGUGGAGGUGUGGGCAAAUCAGCACUUACACUUCAGUUCAUGUAUGAUGAGUUUGUUGAAGACUAUGAACCUACAAAGGCUGAUAGUUACAGAAAGAAAGUAGUUUUGGAUGGUGAGGAGGUACAGAUCGAUAUUUUGGAUACAGCUGGACAAGAAGAUUAUGCAGCUAUUCGAGACAAUUACUUCCGUAGUGGAGAGGGUUUUCUCCUAGUUUUCUCCAUAACUGAGCAUGAAUCCUUUACAGCAACGGCAGAGUUUAGGGAGCAGAUCCUGCGUGUAAAAGCUGAAGAGGACAAGAUACCUUUACUUGUGGUGGGAAAUAAAUCUGACUUGGAAGACCGUCGGCAAGUGCCUGUAGAAGCGGCUAGAAGUAAAGCAGACGAGUGGGGAGUACAGUAUGUAGAGACAUCAGCAAAAACCAGAGCAAAUGUAGAUAAGGUAUUCUUUGAUUUAAUGAGAGAGGUUAGAGCCAAGAAGAUGUCGGAAAACAAAGACAGGAAUGGCAAGAAGAGCGGCAAGAACAAGAAGAGCUUUAAAGAAAGAUGCUGCUUAUUGUGAUCUUUAGGAACUGUACCUACAGGCUGCGGAAUUAACAAGACAUUUACCACUAAGGGUAGAGGACUGGGUGAAUGAGAAGACAUCUUGACCCAAUAAGCUUUUCCACUCACAUAAUAGCCUUUUUGAAAGUGCAAAACUUGGUUUGAAAAAAUUGUGAAGUUCAACAAAUCCAUGUAUACUGAAAGGGACAAUUAUUGAAAGCAGCUGUCCGUGCUAAAAAUAUUGCCAGCAAAUCUUCUUAUCAGCAGUAUGAUCACUCUGAAUUUCUCUCCCGAUGUUGCUCCCAAUGUUGGCACUCCCUCUACGGACUCUUCCUCAGUCUCCUGCAGUGGCUAGUUCUCAUUGAAGUUCAACCAAAGUUACCUGCCUCUCCUAUGUGACUUCAGUUUUGGUGCUCCUAAUAAAGGCAUAAGCCUUUAGCCAUCCUUUUAAAAGGGAAAGUUAAGACAUACAGAGGUCUCUCUGGUCUCUGAAAUUUGCACACAAUUGUAUUAAAGUAGGUUAUGAUGCUACUAUUUUGCCAACAUAUUGGAUGGACGCUAUAAGGACUUAGUCAUUCAGAAACAAAGACUCAAUAGUGAAUUGGUGUUUGAGUCAUCGCUGCAGUAUUCCUGAAUUGAGCCUAUAAUUUCAGAGCAUUAGUGGUUAUAUUCUGGCACACUGUAUUUCCAAUUUAUUUCCUCCUUCAUUCCAACAGCUUAUUCGGGGUAAAUGGGCAAGGCAUCUUUCUAAUAUUGAGAAAUUCAUAGGUUUCUCUGUCAAGUAAUUCCAUCCUGUCUGCCAAAUACUAGACUUUCUCCCCCCCCCCCAAAAAAAACUUGAACAUUCUAUUUGUGGUGCCGCAGUGAGUUUGUAAACAUGUAUUGAAGCAGUAGAAAUUGGUGCAUUUGUACUCUUUCAGUGUUUAACAAGGGAAUUCGUUUCUUUUAAAAAAAAAAAAAUUGUGAGGGCCCACACUGAAAUCUAGUGAGCUUCCAUUCAGUCUCAUUUAAAGUCUGCGAGGACCAUCCGUGAGUAACUUAACUCUGCGCACACACUCAAUUGAAAUUAAUUGUAAUUAUGCAAAUCUAAGGCCCUUGUGCAGCAGAGUCCUGGGGAUUGUGCCAUACAGAAGCACUUUGCUAUUUAACUAUGCUGGGUUUUCCUUCCCUUUCUGUAAUGAGUUAUUGCUGUCUUUGUAAUUUCAAGAGUGGCAUUCGGACACUCAAUACUAUUUUGCUAAGAGCAGGGGUGUGUGGGAUUAAAGCAAGGGAAGUGAAUGAUCUUUUCACAUCUUUAUAGUUGCCCCUUUAAAGUGACAUCUGAGCUAAUUAUGUGAAGUUGCCAAAUGCCUGACCCUUAUUGUUGUUGCACAGGUUGUAUUAAUUCUGCUGCUGCAAAACUUUUUAUAUAGUUGCUCAAUAAAUCAUGGGGAGAAGUCU